AUGAGCAAAUUGUCACAGGAGGAUUGCUGGAAGGUUGUCUCUGCGUUUUUCAAGGAAAAGGGGCUGGUACGGCAGCAGCUGGACUCGUUCAAUGAAUUUAUACAAAGUACAAUGCAGGAGGUGGUUGAUGAGAAUUCUAAGAUUGUUCUGCUGGCGCACAGUCCUACGGGGGAAGAAGAGCAGGCAAGGAAGUAUACGAUAGAGUUCAAGCAGAUAUAUGUGAGCAAGCCGCCCACAAUAACUGAGCCAGAUGGAAGAACAUCUUCUAUGUUUCCAAAUGAUGCCAGGGUAAGAAGUCUUACAUACUCUGCCUCGUUGUACAUAGACAUUGUAAAGACAGAGCACAUAGGAGAUGAAGAGGUGGAGUCACGGUCGUACAAGAAAAUGCCAAUAGGAUCUAUUCCGAUAAUGCUGCGGUCUCUGUACUGCGUUUAUAGCAAUACAGACGACCGGGACAUGAACAGGAUAGAGGAGUGUACAUACGACCAAGGAGGAUAUUUUAUUGUGAAUGGGUCGGAGAAGGUGCUGAUUGCACAUGAAAGGAUGGCAUCAAACCUGGUGUAUAUUUUUAAGAAGUCGCCGCCGUCCCCGUAUCUUUACACUGCAGAGAUGCGGUCUGUGCCGGAUCAUGGCCUUAGACUUCCAUCCUCUCUUACAAUUAGGCUGGUCUCCAGAGCAUCAGAUAGCGCGUCAGGCGGAGGGUAUUUGCUGCGGGCACUUCUGCCGCAUGCAAAGUUGGACGUGCCUGUUGUUGUGAUUUUCCGGGCCCUUGGAUUUGUCUCAGAUAAGGAAAUCCUCGAGCACAUCUGCUAUGACUUCUCUGAUACAGAGAUGCUGAGUAUGCUUAGGCCAAGUAUCGAGGAGGCGUUUGUUAUACAGGACCAGGGCGUGGCACUAGACUACAUAGGAAAAAGAGUUGCACCAGCAGGGUUCAGCAAAGAGAAAAGAAUUAAAUUUGCCAAGGACCUCUUCCAGAAAGAGUUUCUUCCGCAUGUAGGAACAAAGGAGUUCUGCGAAACAAAAAAGGCAUAUUUAUUCGGAUACACCAUAAACAAGCUACUUAUGGUGGCACUGGGAAGAAGAAGCGAGGAAGACAGAGACCACUAUGGAAGAAAGCGGCUGGAUCUGGCGGGGCCCCUUAUGACAGGACUGUUCAGGAUGCUUUUCAAAAAGAUGAGCAAUGAGCUGGCGAAGUACAUGCAGCGGUGCAUAGAUGGAAAUAAAGAUCUGAAUCUGAUUGUGGGCCUGCGUACAUCCACACUUACCAAUGGGCUGAGAUAUUCUCUAGCAACAGGUAACUGGGGAGAGCAAUCAAAGAGCAUGCAGGCACGAGCUGGUGUUGCACAGGUGCUGAACAGAUACAACUAUAUAUCUACGCUCUCACAUCUUAGGAGAGUAAACACCCCAAUUGGAAGGGAUGGAAAGCUAGCCAAGCCGAGACAGCUGCACUCAAGCCACUGGGGGAUGGUGUGCCCGGCAGAGACUCCAGAAGGGCAGGCUUGUGGGCUGGUAAAGAACUUUGCGCUUAUGUCGCAUGUCUCAGUGGGGACUAGCUCUUCCGUUGUGGUGGAGCUGCUUGAAGAAUGCGGGCUUGAAGGUCUAGAAGAAGUCAGCCCAUCUGCAAUCGUGGGAGCAACAAAGGUGCUUGUGAAUGGGUCAUGGGUUGGUGUGCACCGAUCGCCAGACGACCUAAUGGGCACGCUGAAGUAUCUUAGAAGGUCUGGAGAGCUUUCUUCUGAGAUAGCAAUUGUGCGAGACUUGAGGGAAAAGGAGAUUCGAAUCAAUACCGAUGGUGGAAGGGCGUGCCGGCCGCUCUUUAUUGUAGACAAAGGCGUGCUUCGGAUAGAGCGGUUCCUAGAGGCCAAUCGGCACAGGAAAUUCACAUGGGACGAGCUGAUGGCAGAUGGGUGCGUUGAGUUUUUGGAUGUUGAAGAGGAGGAGACAGCAAUGAUUGCAGUUAAGCCAGGCGACCUGAAGAACACGGAUGUUAUGUACACCCACUGUGAAAUACAGCCUGCUACUAUGCUUGGUGUAUGUGCAUCAGUGGUGCCUUUCCCAGACCACAACCAGUCACCAAGAAACACAUAUCAGAGUGCUAUGGGUAAGCAGGCCAUGGGGAUGUAUGCCACAAAUUUCCUUAUGCGGAUGGACUCCCUCUCAAAUGUGCUGUGCUAUCCGCAGAAGCCACUUGUUAUAACACAGAGCAUGAACUUCCUGCGGUUUAGAGAGCUUCCUUCUGGCCAGAAUGCCAUGGUGGCAAUUGCCUGCUACAGCGGGUACAACCAAGAAGACAGUGUGGUGAUGAACAGAGGAGCGGUGGAUAGAGGGCUUUUUAGAAGCUUUUUCUACCGAACCUACAGCGAUAUGGAAAGCAGAACCAAGCCAGAGGAGCAGGAGUGCUUUAUGAAGCCAGAUAGAAGGUCUGUCCAGAGAAUGAAGAACGCAAACUAUGAAAAGCUUGAUAUGGACGGGCUGGUGCCCCCUGGAACUAGAGUCUCUGGUGAAGACGUGCUAAUUGGCAAAACAGUAAGCACGCCAGACGGGUAUAAAGACGCUAGUACUACUAUGCGUGGCACAGAAAGUGGGGUAGUUGAUAGAGUCAUCCUCACCACAAAGGAUGGGUACAGAUAUGCACGGAUUCGCGUUCGGUCAGCAAGAACUCCGCAGAUGGGGGAUAAGUUUGCAUCGCGGCACGGGCAGAAGGGAACAAUUGGUAUUAUGCUUUCUCCAGAGGACAUGCCAUUCACAGCAGAUGGAAUUACACCCGAUAUCAUCAUUAAUCCGCACGCCAUCCCGAGUAGAAUGACGAUCGGGCACUUGGUUGAGUGCCUGCUUGGAAAGGUAAGCUGCAUGUCAGGGAAGGAGGGCGAUGCCACCCCAUUCACUGGGCUAAGCGUAGAGGAGAUCAGUGAGGAGCUGCAAAAGCACGGGUACCAGAAGCGAGGAUUUGAAGUUAUGUAUUCUGGAUUCACGGGAAGAAAAAUGCGCAGUCAAAUAUUCAUAGGCCCCACAUACUACCAGCGGCUGAAGCACAUGGUGGCGGAUAAAAUACACGCACGUGCCCAUGGACCAGUGCAAAUUCUUACAAGGCAGCCUGUGGAGGGAAGAAGUAGGGAUGGUGGCCUUCGAUUUGGAGAAAUGGAGAGAGACUGCAUGAUAUCACAUGGUGCAGCUACAUUCCUGAAAGAGAGACUAUGCGAUGUCAGUGAUAAGUUUGAAGUCUUUAUUUGCAAUGACUGCGGGGUGUUCUGCGCUGGAAACAAAGAAAGAGGCCUGUACCUCUGCCAGCUAUGUGGAACAAGAACCAGUGUAAGUAUGGUGUAUAUGCCGUAUGCCUUUAAACUUCUUGUCCAGGAAAUGAUGGCUAUGUGCAUCUCGGUGCAAAUGAGGCUGGAGUCCUGGAAGAAGAUUUAGCCCAAUAGAUCCUCUAUAAAUAAUCGCUAAGCCACAGAACUGCACUUUGCUGCUACUGCCCUGUCCCUGCAGGAGUUCACGUUUUGAAUGCUGUAGUCUAUCCCAGAAUAUUAAUAGUUAUUACCAGAAGAUAUAAGC